AGGCACAUUCUUUGUUAGGGAUGAUGUCGUAUCUGAAAGUAAUGAUCAUAUGGAACAUAAUUUGUGUAUCCCUGAUGAUCCUUUCACUGUCCCCGGUUCAAGAAGUGGCUUCUCAAGAUUUAUGGAGCUGUACAGGGAGAUGUGGGGAAGGGUAUUCUAGAGAGCAUGACUGCCACUGUGAUUAUAGCUGCCAACACUACAAGGAGUGCUGCCCUGACUUCAACAAAGUCUGCACAGGUGCUGUCUCCUGCAAAGGACGUUGCUUCGAAGUCUAUCAGAGAGGAAGAGAGUGUGACUGCGACAUAGACUGUAAACGAUAUGGAAAAUGCUGCCCAGACUAUGACGAACACUGUAAAGAAUUACACACAGAAAAGCCAGUGCCCGAGACUCCUCCCCCAAACAAAUCAACAUCUAAAAGGUCAUCCACAGAUGAGGAAAAGAAGCCAAAGGAAGAUAUUGGCACCACAACCAGUCCUCCUCCAACUACAAAACAACCUGAAAUAACAGCCACAGAUGCACCAACAACCCCAAAAGAUGAAGAGACAACUCCUGAAGCCACAGAAGCACCAACAACACCCGGACCUGAAGAGACAACUCCUGAAGCCACAGAACCACCAACAACACCCAAAGCUGAAGAGACAACUCCUGAAGCUACAGAGGCACCAACAACAUCCAAAGCUGAAGAGACAACUCCUGAAGCCACAGAGGCACCAACAACACCCAAAGCUGAAGAGACAACUCCUGAAGCAACAGAAGCACCAACAACACCCAAAGCUGAAGAGACAACUCCUGAAGCCACAGAGGCCCCAAUUACUCCCAGAGUCAAGGAUACAACUUCUAAAGCCAUAGAGACUGUAACCCCCAAAAUUGCGGAAGCAACCUCUGUUGCGACGGAGGCACUGACAACCUCCACUAAAGUCAAAGGGACAACCACUAAAGUCACAGAGAGACCAACAACCUCUAAAGCUGAGGAGACAACCCCUAAAGCUACAGAUGCACCAACAACUCCCAAAGUUGAGGAGACAACCCCUAAAGCUACAGAUGCACCAACAACACCCAAAGCUGAGGAGACAACCCCUAAAGCUACAGAUGCACCGACAACUCCCAAAGCUGAGGUGACAACUCCUAAAGCCACAGAGGCACCAACAACCAAGGCUUAUUUUCCCACCACCCCCAAAGCUGAGGGGAAAACUGCAAGUGCCACAAAGGUGCCAACAACCCCCAGUGAGAAGGAAGUAAUGCUUAAGGCCACAGGUGCUCCAGUAUCCCUAGCUGACUCUCCCACCAUUCCUGAAUUUGAACUAUCUACAGCUGCAGCCACAACUGUUAAACAAGGCACAACUACUACAUACAGCAAACUACUAAGUAAAACUGAUAAAAGUGACAGAACAACAAACCCUAUUUCCAUGGAGACAUCAACUAAAAAAGAAACAACCAAAACUGAUUCAACUCCCAAACCCACGGAUAUUGUGACAACAACUAAAAGAGACGCAGCUGUGGAAACUACACGGGCUGUACCAGCAGUUGCUGAGUGCAUAAUUCCCUCUAAAGAUACAACAACUGGUGAAAAAGAGAUGACCACCCUCGCCACGGGUACUAGCUAUACUACUGAAAAAGAAACAGAAGAUUCCCCUGAAGAGUCCCCUAGCUUUGACAAGAAAGAAGAAACUACAGUGAUCAGAGGUAGAACAACCACAGAGAAAAAAGACACGAUAGAAGAAAUGUUUCUUGUUUCUAGGGGGACAUCAAAGCCCGACAUACAUUUCCAGGAGAUUACUGACACACAUGAUGAGCCUUCUCCAUCCAGCCCUGAAACUAUGCCAGUAGAGGAGGCUGAGAUAAACAAGCCUUUAAUACAAACUGCAGACUUGCCAGUUGUAUCCGGAGGAGCAGAAAUGGGGAAGGCUGAUGAGAAGGACCUGUGCAGUGGGAAGCCGGCAGAUGGCAUGGUUGCCCUGCCCAAUGGAACCCUGGCUGUCUUCAGAGGUCACUACUACUGGCUGCUGAAUGGCAGGAUGCCACCAACAACCAGCCCCCGCCGGAUCAGUGAGGGCUGGGGCAUCCCAUCCCCCAUCGAUGCUGUCUUCUCCAGGUGCAACUGUGAUGGCAAGACUUUCUUCAUCAAGGGUCCUCUGUACUGGCGUUUCACUAAUGGUGUAAUGGAUAACGGCUAUCCCAAACCUCUCGCAAAUGGAUUUGCAGGGCUAACUGGGAAAAUAAAGGCAGCCCUUCCAGUUGCAAGUUACAAUGGAAGACCAGAAUCUGUUUAUUUUAUCAAAAGAGAUGGCAACAUGCAACAGUAUGUAUAUAGGCAAGAACCAGCCAAGAAGUGCCAACGGAAAGCACGUAUUACCAUAAGAUACCCAGCUUUUGUCCCGAGACUCGUAAUAAGGAGACGCUUCCAACGUGCAGUAGGAAUGCCAACAGUUAUUCAGACUGUCAGAAUCAAUCCAUAUCAAUCUGGAGUUUUGCGCAAGGAAGUCAAAGUGACUGCCUACUGGAGAGGGCUCCCCAAAGUCAUCCAUUCGACGAUAUCAGUACCCAACUACAAUAAGCCAGACGGCUAUGAUUAUUAUGCGUUCUCUUACAAUCGGUACUACAGCUUGGAUGUGGGCAAAAGAAUAGCAAGACCUGUUACUGCUCUCACGGGAAAGACUGUAUCUAAAGACUGGUAUAACUGUCCUGAAAAGUGAUGCAGAGCAGAGGAUGUUUUAGAAAAGAUACCAUUUGAAUGUUGACAGUUUGUCUAAUUUUAUUAAUAAAGACAUUGAAAUGUGUGCACACAAAUCUAAGUAUAAAAUGCUGCUUUAAGCAUUCAUUACACUAAACUAACUGCAGGCAAACUGGCACAUUUGUAUACACAGCUGUAAUUACAGAUCAUUUAACUAAUAUUGCCUCUGUUCAGGCCUCCUCUGCCUCCCAUUGCAUGAGUUACACCUGUGUUGAGAAAGAAAACAAAUGCAUUAAUAGAAAUACUUCUCAGCCAUUUAAUCAAACAUUGAUGCAUCUGAUGUUUCAUCCUCCUGUAAGGAAUUGCUACUGAAAUGGGACACUUCCUAUCUGGAAAACUCAAUCUCCCUCUUACUCCCUUAGACUUUGCUGAUAUGGCUACAUUAUACUUCUGUCAUUAGGAAAACGUGGUUGACUAAAGAUUUUACCUCAGGCUCUUUGUCAAAAGUACAAAUACGGCAUUCUUUUGGUUAUUAAAACAAAGGGUGAUAAAUGAUUAGGAAAAUCUAUCCAAAGUCAUCAACCUCACUUCUUACAAAAAUUUCAUGUAUUUUAAUGCUACUACAUUAAAUAAAACAUUAAAAUAAUACUAAAUGGAAUAAAAUUUGACUAAGGAUUUUUUAAAAUGCUGACAAGUAAAGUUAAAAAAACCCUUGGUUUUAACAUAUGCCCUCAAAAUAUUUUUAAAGCCUUUUUAAAAAUUUUCAAGUGUAAGAUUUAUUGCCAUUCACCUUUUCUCUAUUGGUAAGAACCAAGUGCCACAUAACAUGUUUGCUUAUUACAGCUUUUAGGAUAACACAUUGAAAGCCAGGACUGGGAUGUUUUAUUCCUGAUUUACAAACAAACAUAUGCAUAGAAAGUAGGACAUAUAUAGUCGCUGAAGGAACAAAGUAUUAAAGACUAGUUCGAUAGGGAAAAAAAGCUGUGAACACUUACCCCUCUGUCUGUUGAACUGACGACCACGAACACCAGUUCUUAAUGUUGGUGGCUGAAGCCUUACACGUCGAAACAGCUUAAGCUGAUUACUGCUUGUGUCUGUGAAGUGGAAGUACAGGGAAGAAUAUCUGCAUUUAGUACAGUUUUGCACUACCACUUGAUGUACAUUAUUCUCUUGGAUUUGCCCUAAAAUUAUCAAGGUGCAUCCUAUUUAAUUGGCAUAAUCUCUGCUAUAAAUAAAAGCUUCAGAACAUUUAAGUUUGGUAUUUUGUUCAUCGUCUAUGCUAUCUGGUAACGUGGUAACAGAACAGUGAUAAACACUGUUCUCUGACAAUUUGAUUGAAAAAAACUACUUUAAAACUGACACAGUUACCAUUGGAUGGAAUCAUCUGUGUAUCAAGAAUUUGCUCUUUGAAGCAUAUUUACCAUGGACACAUCAGUUACUCUGGUCCAAAUAAAACUGAUUUGCCAUUAGGACUGAAAACA